CCCUCUUGGGUAGGUUUAGGGGUGAAUAGUGGUUUGGGUUAAAAUUAAGAAAGAAAGGCUUUUUAUGACACCCUUGUAUGUCUGUGUUUUCUGUAUGUGUUUAUGUAUAUAAUUGUCACUCCCAGAGAAAGCGCGUGAAUUACUUGGAGAGAUACAAAAACCUUACUGCAUCUACUUUGAAGAGGAAGUCAACCUCAGAUGAGGGCCCAUCCAAGCAGCUUAAAUUGUGGGAAACCAAGAGAGUUUCACAGAAAAGUGUGGAUGAAGCCAUCAUGAACUUUGUCAUUCAAGGUCUGCUCCCUCUCAGUAUUGUCCAACAGCAGGGUUUUACAACUCUUGUGCAUCACCUGCAACCAGAUGUGGUUGUAAUGUCCCGAGGUACCAUAAAAAACAAAGCUGACAAAGCAACACUGGAAAUGAAGAAUAAUCUGAAGGCUGCUAUGAGUGAGAUCAAGUUCAUUGCUACCACAACAGAUUGCUGGACAGCACACAGACGGAGUUUCCUCGGGGUCACAGCACACUGGAUAGAGCCUGAAACAAUGGACAGAUGCUCUGCUGCAUUAACAUGCAAACAGCUCAAAGGAUCACACACAUUUUCUGCACUUGCUGGUGCCCUGAAUGACAUUCACACAGAGUAUAACAUCCGCGACAAGAUUGUGUGUACAACCACUGAUAAUGGUUCUAAUUUUCUCAAAGCUUUUCGAGUCUACGGAGAGCUGGAUGAAAAUAAUAACCAGAGGUUGCAACUCGAACAGGCAAGGCCAUGUGAAUCAGUCGAAAGAGAGAACAGUGAAGAAGAGGAAGAUGAGGAAAAGACUGACUAUCUUGAGUUUGUUGAAGCAGGAAACUUGUUGGAAGAAGAUGAUGGCCUGGAAUUCCAACUGCCAAAGCAUCAUUGCUGUGCUUGCCACCUUCUGAACCUGGUGUCAACAGUUGUUGAUGUUUCAGAGGCAAAUGCAAACACUGUCUACAGGCGACUCUUUCAUUCAGCAUUUUCAAAGUGCUGGAGUCUAUGGAACAAAAGUGGAAGAUCCACUGCAGCUGCUGAGAUAAUUAAAGAAAAAUGCAAACUCCAGCUCUUGAGGCCAAAUGAGACGAGGUGGAAUUCUCUUUUCCUGGGUUUGGAGAGGAUUGUGAGGAUCAUGAGAGAGCAAGGAGAAGGAGCCAUUACAGCUGUGUGCAGUGCGCUAAAAAUUCCCAUGUUCACUGCUGCUGAGAUCGCAGAAUAUUUUCUCGUAGAAUAUGUCAAGACUAUGAGCCCAUUUGCAAAGGCUAUUGAUGUUCUUCAGGGAGAGGCCAGUGUGCAGAUGGGAUGGCUGGUACCCACAAUAACAGUUCUCAAGACUAAGCUACAGAACCUUAAACAUUCUUCCAAGUUCUGUGUGCCUUUAGUAGAUGCUCUUCAAGCAGGACUUGAAAGGCGAUUCGGGCAGAUGCUUGCUGAUCCAGAGCUGAUUGCUGCUGCCAUUCUUGUCCCCAAGUUCAGGACAUGCUGGACAAGUGACGACAACAUCUUAAAACUUGGCCUUGACUUUAUGAAAAACCAUCUGAAGGAGCAACCCAUGGUGCAUCCAAGUGACCAUUCCCAUUCUUCAGAGGAGGAGGACUUCUUUUCCCCAUCAGGCAGGGAAAUGCUCAAGAAAACUCCAAGCAGCUAGAGUCCUACCUAACCUGUCCAGAUGAUACCAUGGAUGUCCUGAAAUCUUUCCCAGCAGUCUGCACCUUGUCACUAAAGCUCAACACACCCCUACCUGCCUCAGCUGCCUGCGAAAGGCUUUUUAGCACUGGAGGACUGAUUUUCACACCUAAAAGGGCACACCUUGAUUCAAAGGACUUUGAGAACCAGCUUCUGCUGAGGCUGAAUAAAAGAUUUUGGUAGUUCUGUAGAGAUGAGUGAAUUUCUCAUAAAAGAAAAAAAAGACUUGAUUAGACUUAAAGUUUCCAUUGCUGAUCAUAUAAUGUUUCAUGUUCUUUUGCUGAAAUAGAAAACAGGUUUGCACAUUGCCGUGAAGUAAGGCUGUCAAAAUUAUAUAUAUAUAUAUAUAUAAAAUGUUUAAAAGAUACAAAUUCUGUUUAAAAGUAAUUUAUGUUAAGUAUAGUAUUGAGAGUGCCAAAGUUGUUAAAAAUAAUCCAGAUGCUCAUGGAGGACCUCUGGUCAGUUCAGUCUUGAUUAUAUUUAACUUGCAGCAAACUGACUGUGUCCAGUAAUUUUGUUCCCUGCAGAUUGUUAAUAAAAGAAGAAGAAUUUCCUGCUUUUGUGCCAAACUUUUUUAGUUUUCAAAACAUGUAUUGUGUGUCAUUGACGGGAAAAUUUUUUUA